AUUUGCUGACCUCGAUUAUUGCCUAUUAUGUUUUUUUCUUUACUUGGAGGGGGGGCAUUAAUGUGAUAAAGCAAAAUUAUCAACUUCUAUUUUAUUUAUAUUUUAUUUAUUGAAGUUUGUUUUUAUUUCUGAUUCCAAUUGCAUUGUCUAAAAUUUCACAAUAAUUAAAAACAUCAUUACUCUUUAAAAUGUCUAACUGUAUUAAUAUGCUAUUAUUAUUAUUAUUAUUAUUAUUAUUAUUAUUAUUAUUAUUACUAUACAAGUGGCCUAAAACGGUCUCAAAACCAUCAAAAUAUAUAUAUUUUUUAGAAAUUAGUUAUUAAGACAGGCUUAGUAGCUGCAUAACCUGUUUUGUGCCCAUGUAGUUUAGAUUAAUGUAAUAAUUAGAUGAAACCUUUUGCUAAAUGCUAUUCAAUAAAAUCGUGAAAUAAAACACUGGCGUUGACGAUUAUUUGUAAUAUUUAAAAAUACAGGGUGGAAACGGUAAUAAAUCCGUUUGAUCUCAGCCAUUUUCGCUGAUGCUUCUCUGCCCGGUUUGGAAGAAGAGGAGCUGGAGGCUCGUACCAUCUGUGAACGUGCAGCUGCUCAUUAAAAAAAACGAACAAACAUCAUGUCCGACCUUUCUCUCCGUGUUCCUGCCUGGGCUAUCUUACUAGUUUGGGGACGAGGUAAGAGAACGGGAAGAUGUCAGCUGUUAUCUGCGCGGCUCCCCCGCGCAUUGCAGCGCUGACCCUCUGCCGGACCCCUCUGGAUGGGCUUGCCCGUCACGUGGUCUCUCCGGAGCGCUCCGUCAAAGCUCGGGUUGCCUUGACAGGACCCGAAAUCCCGCACAGAGGUUGUUUUUUUUUUGGUGCUAGCCUGCUUCGUCCCUCGGCCAUUAGCUAACCUAGCUAUUUGUGUCCCUUGGAGGCUUUAAUCCAUGCUGGGCACUUGGCAACCAUUUAGACGCAUUGAGAGCGACUUGGAAAAGAAAACAUGGACUGUUAAAUCUUGGGAUAAAUUAUAUUUUUAAAGACUGUCUUUUUGCUUCCCAGAGGCCAUCCCUGGCAUUGUUCACACAAGAAAAAUAAAUCAUGUUGCUGAUGACAUAGAUGCAGAGUAUAAUGGCCUGAUAUCCUGUAAUAAUACUUACAAAUACAGCUCUGCAAAUAAGUGUAGACUCCUCAGGUGCUGCUACACAUUUCUUGAAACUGCAACAAAAUGGAAAACUCCUUCAGAAACAAAAUUCCAUCUAAUAAUGUCCAGGGACUAUGAAGAGCCUGGUCACUCAGUAGGGAUGUUGGCUGCGGUGGAACAUGGUCCUGUCCUCUGCAGUGACUCCAACAUCCUCUGCCUCUCAUGGAAAGGAAGAGUUCCUAAGAGUGAGAAGGAAAAGCCGGUGUGCAGGAGGCGCUACUACGAGGAAGGAUGGCUGGCCACCGGAAAUGCAAGGGGUGUAGUUGGUGUGACAUUUACCUCCAGUCACUGCAGGAGGGACAGGAAUACUCCACAGAGGAUUAAUUUUAAUUUAAGGGGGCACAACAGCGAGGUUGUUCUUGUUCGCUGGAAUGAGCCGUUUCAGAAGCUUGCUACUUGUGAUAUGGAAGGGGGGAUUUUUGUUUGGAUACAGUAUGAAGGGCGAUGGUCCGUGGAGCUGGUUAAUGAUCGAGGCGCCCAGGUAAGUGAUUUUACCUGGUCCCAUGAUGGUACUCAGGCUCUGAUUGCCUACAGAGAUGGCUUCGUCUUGGUGGGCUCAGUCAGUGGUCAGAGACACUGGUCAUCUGAGAUCAACCUGGAGAGCCAAAUCACCUGUGGAAUCUGGACUCCUGAUGACCAGCAGGUGUUGUUUGGAACAGCAGAUGGUCAGGUGAUUGUAAUGGACUGCCAUGGUCGUAUGCUUGCUCAUGUCCUGCUGCAUGAAUCAGAUGGCAUUGUCGGCAUGUCCUGGAACUGCCCUGACUUCCUGGUGGAAGACAGCACUGAGAGUGAUACAGACACUGACGAAAAUGCCCAGAGUCAAGGGCGUAAUGUGAAGCCACUUCUCACAGUAAGCUUCAUUUCUGGAGACAUUAGUCUAAUGAACAAUUAUGAUGACCUUUCGCCUCACGUAAUCCGCUCAGGACUGAAAGAUGUGGAGGUGCAGUGGUGCUCUCAGGGAGACUUGUUAGCUGUUGCUGGAAUGGAGAGACACGGGCUCCCUUCGGAGUCAGCCUGCGCCUCCAUAAUGAGAAAUGCCCUCGUCAAGUUCUACAAUGUUCAAGGAGAACAUAUAUACACUUUGGAAACCCCUGCACAGAGGCCUAUCACCACUAUCUGCUGGGGUCACCGAGACUCGCGUCUGUUCCUGGCGUGUGGACCAGCACUAUAUGUUGUGCGUGUAGAGCACAGGGUGGCUAGCCUCCAGCUGCUGUGUCAGCAGGGCAUAGCCAGUGCCCUGAGGGAAGAGAGAGAUGUGGGUAAACUGAACAUGCCCUCCCUCCUCUGUUCCUACGUUACCAGUGCAUUCAUCCCAACUAUCAAGCCUCCCAUUCCUGAUCCAAACAACAUCCGCGACUUUGUCAGCUACCCCACAGCGGGGAAUGAGAGAUUGCACUGCACAAUGAAGCGAGCAGAAGAUAAUCCAGAGGCUGGAGGGCCAUGCUACACCCUCUAUCUGGAGCACCUGGGAGGCCUGGUGCCUAUCCUCAAAGGUCGUCGAAUCAGCAAAUUACGUCCAGAGUUUGUUAUAAUGGACCCCAAAAUGGACAGCAAAACAGAUGAAGUUUGCGUGAAUGGGAUGAUAUCCUACAUGACCGACAGCUGCAACUGCUCUGACUCUAGUGAUAUUGAGUUGAGUGAUGAGUGGGUUGGAAGGAAGUCGCCAAAGCUUUCCAGGGGAAACAGGUCCCCUAAACUUCCCAGAAUCAAUAUGGAAUCAAGAAAGUCUCCCAAACUUGCCCAAACAUCUCAAGAAAUGUCCAGGUCUCCACGAUUACCAAAGAAACCUACCAUACGGUCUCCAAGUCUCACUCGCAGGGAGUUUCCAAUAGAUGGAAUGAAUGAGCAUAACUAUCUGGCUCAAGUCACCUCUAACAUUUGGGGCACAAAGUUUAAGAUUGUGGGACUUGCCUCCUUUUUGCCAGCAAAUUUGGGAGCAGUCAUAUAUAAAACCAGUUUGUUGCACUUGCAACCACGCCAGAUGACAAUCUAUCUACCAGAGGUCCGUAAAAUUUCACCAGACUUUAUGAGUCUACCAGUCUUCAAUCCUAAUGUGUUCAGUGAAGACGAAGAUGAUUUACCAGUGAUGGGACCCUCAGGGGUGUCUGCUGAUAAUCCUCCCUGCACAGUUAAUAUUCCGAUCGCUCCAAUACAUAGUCCUGCUCAAGCAAUGUCACCCACACAGAGCAUAGGACUCGUCCAGUCUCUCUUGGCAAAUCAGAAUAUUCAGCUUGAUGUCUUGACCAACCCCACGGCCACAGCAGCUGCAGCUGCUGCGGCGGCAGCUGCCAAUGUAACAGUUCCUGAUCAUACACCAGACAACAUGACUGCACAGUACACUGUACCAACAAGAUACUCCAGUCCUGGACAAGUCAUUUUUAGUGGCCUAGAAAUGGGCAACCUUUUGAGUGGGACACUUCCUCCUCCACCACACCAUUUGCCACCACAACCGCAUCAGCAGCGCCAGCAGCAACAGGAAGACCAUCAUCAAACAUCUAAACAUCAGGCUCAAACACAACAGCAGCAUCUGAAGCUGCAGCAGCACCAACAAGCACAGCAGCAGCACCAACAACCACUGCAGCAGCAUCAACAGCACAUGCAGCACCAACAGCAGCUGCAAACACAGCAUCAUCAACAAAUGCAGCAGCACAUACAACAACAGCAACAGCAGCAGUUGCAGCAGCAGCAGUUGCAGCAGCAGCAGUUGCAACAGCAGCAGUUGCAGCAUCAUCAGCUGCAACAGCAGCAGAUGCAGCAGCACCAUCACCAACUGCAGCAGCAGCAGCAACAACUGCAACAGCAACAACAACAACUGCAGCAGCAUCAUCAGCAAAUGCAACAACAGCAACUGCAACAGCAAGUCCAACAGCAUCAGCAGGUGCAGCAGCAACAUCAGCAGCAAAUCCAGCAGCAGCACCAUCAGAUGCAGCUCCAACAUGAGCAGAUGCAACAGCAGCAGCAACAGAUUCGCCAACAAAUUCAAGAGAUGAGGCAGCAGCAGCAACAGCUUCAGCAGCAGCAUCAACAAAUACAACAGCAGCAUCAGCAGAUGCAAAGGCAGCAUCAACAAAUGCAGCAGCAGCUCAAGAUGCAGAUAUCAUUGCCACCUCCUCCAACAGCAUACACCCCCAUUUCCAUGCAUCAGCUCCAGAUGAUGCCCCAGAUUCCUCACCCAGACCAACCCCCAGACAGAGUAGAGCAAACACACACUCUGAAGGUCCCUUCCAGGCCACAGUCGUUUAUUGAAAAUGACACGUCUCUUGAGAUUCAGAUGCGUAAAAUGAAUCCUCCACCACCUUACCCAGGGACAGUGGUGUCUGCAGCUGCUGCUGUUCCUCCGACAGUUCCCCCUCCAGUCCUCAUCACUACCAGUGAGAAUGCUAACACACUGUCACCGGACUCAUGCUUAACUAAGGACGAGUUCUCGCUUCAUCCAGUGGGCCUCCAGUACCCGACUCCUUUGGGUUAUGAAAGGAUUACAACUUUUGACAGCAGUGGAAAUGUAGAGGAGGUGUGUCGGCCAAGGAGACGUCUCAUACGGAACCAGAAUGCUUAUGGCAUUCAAGGAAUGGGUAGUUCAGCUACGCUGAAAGUCACUUCAUCGGAAAACAAGAAGGUCCAGCUUCCCUAUAGCUCGGCAACCCUGAGCCGCCUUUCCUUGCCUCGAUACUCUAUACCAAGUGGAGAUCCACCACCAUACCCUGAGCCUCCUAACCAGAUCAAUGUCAUUAGGAGUCCUACCCAAAGGAUUGACAGCAGUCUUAUCCAUGCAACUCUGCGACGGGAUCGCAGAGAAAAUGCUCUGAAGAUUUCUCAAAUGGUAGAUUCGGUGAGGACUUUACCAACCAAAUCUAAGGUUAAUAGCGCACUUGCACUUUCUUACCAACCCAGGAUCCCCACUGCGUUGUACACUUGCACUCAGUGCAGCAGUAACAGCAGCAGCACUAGUGUAAGUGUUAGCGGUGGUGGGACCAACAGCAGUGGCAUUGCAGGUGGAACUGUAGUGCGGCAGGACUUUCCCCCUGGCAAAGGGGCCCAACACAGUACUAUAAUUGUGCACUCCAAAAGUGCUUCACCUCUGGCGUCACAGUCUUCAUACAACUUGCUGAGUCCAGUUGAGAACAGUCGAGAUAGGACUGUGUACAUCAACUCUGCCUUCACUGAAGACGAGACACUAAACCAGCAGUGCCAUUUGGAAAAAUCAGUGCGCCACUUAACUCUUGGAGAUGUAAAUUUAACAGUGAAACGCCCACCACCCUACCAGUGGGACUCCCCUUCCUCAGACCAAAUGUGGAUGCCCCAGGAUCAAAAUAUGCUUACUAGUCCCCCAGGACCUCACAAACCACCUCCACUUUUACUCAGCCAAGCACAACAUUUAGACAUUACCCGAAUGCCUUUUCUUCUCUCAACAAAGCCUCCCUCCAGUCCUAGCACUAUGACCCUGCCAUCACCUUAUCAGAUUUCUCUUUCACCCUUUCCACCUGGCAUGGGACAUGGUGGCCCUCAGCUCCAAUCUCUGCAAAGUCCUCAACAAGCAUGCGGGACAAGUGACAUGGUAACAUCAGUUCCAUUUAAUCAGCAGGAUCCAACUCUGGUUUUGCCCCCAGGUUAUGCAAAUAAUAUGGCCAAUCUAGCUUGUUGUCCACUGCCACCCAUGUAUCCUGGUGCCAGCUCAUGCACCAACCUUCAGCUGCAUCCAGUGGCCUUACAUCCCUGGAGUACGUACAGUGCUUGCCCUCCCAUGCAUGACCACUCAGCAACUUUACCAAGUAAGAUGCACCAGGGUUUGGAGAAGCCUGUUCUUUCACCUCCUCCGCCACCUCCCCCACCACCUCCCCCACCUCCUCCUCCGCCACUACCUCCUCCUCCUCCACCUGCUGAGCUCAUGAACCAUCAAAGCACCUCAGAGGUGCUAGCGGACUCUGGUGAGAGUUUUCAGGAACAGUCCUCGCUUAAUGAGAGUCCAGUACCGCAGGGGGCCGACAGGUUCAGCAAAAAGAGUCGAAAGAGACUCGACAGCAGGGCGGAGGAGGCAAACAUGUCCAGCGUUUCUGAGAGCAAAUCUAAAAAGGAAGGCCGUGCACUGUCUGACUUUAAUUCUCUCAUCUCCAGCCCAAGGCUUGGGGUCAGAGAGAAGAAGAAGCCUAAGGGCCAGAAGGAACAGCUGAACAAGGCCAAAAAGUUGAGCAGGACCACAAACGAGUUCCAGGACAGCUCAGAAAGUGAGCCUGAACUUUUCAUUAGUGGUGAUGAACUCAUGAAUCAAAGCCAGAGCAGCAAGAAGGGCUGGAAGAGUAAACGCAGCCUGCGCACAGCAAACGAACUGGAGGAGAUUAAGUGCCGCAAGGCAAACGAGAGAGAAGAUCGGGGCCUUGGCAGCCAGGGCUUUGUGUAUGUCAUGGCUAACAAACAGCCCUUGUGGAAUGAAGCCACCCAAGUCUACCAGCUUGACUUUGGAGGUAGAGUAACGCAGGAGUCGGCCAAAAACUUUCAGAUAGAGCUGGAUGGACGACAGGUGAUGCAGUUUGGCAGAAUUGAUGGUAAUGCAUACAUCCUAGAUUUUCAGUACCCAUUCUCAGCAGUGCAAGCAUUUGCUGUCGCCUUGGCCAAUGUGACUCAGAGGCUUAAAUAAGGGACAGUUCUAGCCAUCUUGUCAAGACAGCACAGUUAAUGUUUGCUGAUUGUCCAUUGUGAAAAAGAAUGUGCAAGGCUCUGUGUUGCCAUAAUAUGGUAGCUACUGCUUGUGUUGUGCUGGGAGGGAACAUGCAGGAAACAGUCAGAAGGAACUUGACGUAGUUUGUUUUGGAGGGUUUAAGAACAGAUAUGGUCAAAACACCCAUAUAUUAGUCCUUUUUUUAAACUCACAUUUGAGGACAAAAUAGCAAGUUAAAAUGUUGGAAGACUUCAUGUGGGAGAAAAAAGUAAUUGAAUGAAAAUUUAGAACUAGUACAGAUCAGUUGCUAGUUAUGAUUUUUUUUUGUUGUUUUCUUUUAGUGUGUAUCUGUACAUGUUUCAUAACAUUGAUAUACAGUAUGAAAGGCUAAAUAAAGUGAUGUGCAUGCAAGAUGAAUACCAGUUUUGGGAUUCCCCUGAGGAUCUUUACUGUAGGUUGUUUUCCAAGUGUGAACUGUAUUAUGAAUUUGACACAUUAUUUAUCAUUGUCUACAAAGGGGAUGAUGCCAUGAGUGAAAAUACAUUUAAAAUUAUUGUGAUUUUGUCUAUUGCUGAGGUGCCUAACAGUGCUCUUGGGGAUCGACUCAUCCUGCAGAGCUUAGUUCCAUUCCUAGAACUGCUUAAUCUACUUAAUCAAACAAGUCAGGAAGCUGCGAGUGUUAGAGGUGAGUGUUGUGACGUUAGGGUUGGAAUGGACCCAUGUAGGAUGAUGGAUCUCACUGAGCAAUGUUGGGCAGCCCUAUGAAGUGUAGUCAUACAUCCACCAUUACUAACAUACAUUUAAAUGUGCCAUUACAUCCACUGUUUCCAUAGUUCAUAUGUGUCUUACAUUUUUAUACUAAAUAUGUCUCAUCUUUGCUGUGUUCUUAGCACUGUGUUAUAGUAGCAGUUUUCCCUGUAGAACUAUGUAGAUUUUUGAAGGGGGUUUCGAAUAAUAUCAUUACAGUCACUGUAAAGUAUAGGUUUAAAAUACUACCACCAGGUCAAUAAAUAUUACUACAUGCUAUAGAAAUGUAUGCUUAUUUAGUAUUUGGUUUUUGAACAAUAUGUUCACAAUGACACUAAUACGAAAUGCGUAGAAGUAUGCAUUUUUACAAGAUAAUUCUAAUUUGAACUAUAUUCAGAAUGAGUAUGAUUCAUUUGGCUGUGCAAUUUAUUAUGAACAAGACCUGAAGUACUUAGACCUGGAUAGAGGUACUGUUUAAAAUGUGGUCAUAAAAAAAAUAGGUUGGAUACAGAUUUUGAGGGACACGCCGAUGGGAAUUUGGGGCUGAUGCCGAUAUUCAACAUUUUUGAUGUAUCGCCAUAGGCAGAUAAACAUUUAUAAAAUGUUUAAAAUAAAAUUUGGACUACAUUUGGCGAAAAGUAACAUUUAUUUCUGUAGGAUUACAGAUGCAGUAAUUAUAAAAAAAAAAUCAGAUAUUUUAGUACUGUAGGACAAUAGGUCACCUAAACAUUCUGCUCUGCCUGAGUGCAAUAAAUACAUCAUCAUCAUACAGUAUACUGGUUCGAAAUAUCAGUCAAACAUCAGUCGAAACAUCUCUCAGAUGCCGAUCAUCUUUUAAUGCAAACAUCCGUCUGCCAAUACUGAUAUGAUUCUGAUGUUGCGCAUCCCUCCAUUUAUUUUCUUAUUACAUUCUUAAAUGAGAUUAAAUGUAAUCUUUAAUAUUCUUUUUUUUUUUUCAUUACACUUUGUAGAAAGAAAACUUGCCUACUUAUCUAUUUGACCAGAUUUAUUUUUUAAUUUAUUUGUUAAUAGGGCAACUUUCAGGCCACCUAUUGAGAAUAUGUUACACUGGCAAUUCUUUUAGUCUGGUUCUAGGUUAUUCCUUGUCUGUUUAUUAUAAUCAGUAAGUAAAAAUGAGUAUACAUGUUUGUUGUUUUGUUUAUUUAGCAAUUACGGAUAUUUACAACCUUAUUCAAUUUGUUCUGUUUUGUUCAUUUUUCUAUUUCUGGUGUAAGCUGAACAUUUGCUGAGAGAUACUGUGUUGACAGAAGAUGGCUGAUACAAGCAUUCUCUUGUUCUUGGUGUUGUAUAUGCUUUGAUGAUUUGCAAAUGCAGCGAUUUCUAAUUCUAUUCUUCUGGAUUAUUCAGGCCCAGUUUGAAUUGUGUGGAAUGUGAGGCUUUAACUGUGCUAUUGCUUUAUUAUUGUAAUGUACAAUAAACCAUGAUAAGCUUGUCAUAUUAA